UCCUCGAUCCUGGGUGUGUGCGGUCAAUUCAGUCUGAGAGAGAAAACACCAGGAACACCAGUCCCGUCCACGCCUGUCAUCUGUCACGUCGUUUUGAAACCCUCACUCCCUUCUUCACUGGACAGACUGAACAUGGGAAACCACCCGAGCUAGUUUGUGAAGAGGACACACAUUCAGAGAGGCUGUGCUAAAAUCACCAGGUUAGUUAUAAUGCUAGCUCCAUUACUCUCGUUGACGUACUGAACUCAGUUGCUUCAUCUUCAAGUUGACGUUAACAAGCGGCUGAUAGCCACAGUUGAGCCUUCUUCAGUCACACAGUUUACCUGCCGAGGAAAGGACCCCCGGAGCACACACAGUGGACAUGCAGACCUUCCUAAAAGGCCGGAGAGUCGGCUACUGGCUCAGCGAGAAGAAGAUGAAGAAGCUGAAUUUUCAGGCCUUUGCUGACUUGUGCAGGAAAAGAGGAAUAGAGGUUGUCCAGCUGGACCUCAGCCAGCCUCUGGAGGAGCAGGGACCCCUGGACGUCAUCAUCCACAAACUGACCGACCUCAUCCUGGAGGCGGACCAGAAUGAUUCCCAGGCUGUGCUGCUGGUGCAAAGAGUACAGGACUACAUCGAUGCUCACCCCGAGACCAUUGUCCUGGACCCCCUUCCAGCUAUCCGGACUCUGCUGGACCGCUGCAAGUCCUACCAGCUCAUCCACAGGAUAGAAAGCUGUAUGCAAGAUGAGAGGAUUUGCUCUCCUCCCUUCAUGGUCCUGAACACAGACUGCAGCCCGGAUGUGCUGGAGCAGAUCAGGAGGCAAGGACUCACAUUCCCCUUUAUUUGCAAAACACGAGUGGCUCAUGGAACCAACUCCCACGAGAUGGCCAUUAUCUUCAGCGAAGAGGACCUGAAGGACGUAAAGCCUCCCUGUGUGAUCCAGAGCUUCAUCAACCACAACGCAGUGCUCUACAAGGUGUUUGUGGUGGGAGACUCGUACACCGUGGUGGAAAGACCCUCACUGAAGAACUUCCCUGCUGGACCUGCUGACAGGAAAGCCAUUUUUUUCAACAGCCACAAUGUUUCCAAACCUGAGUCGUCCUCAGACUUAACCACGAGAGAGAACUUGGAGGGAGUGUCCCAGCCACCCAGCGAUGAUGUCAUCAGAGAGUUGUCCAGGUCACUGCGGGAGGCACUGGGCGUGUCCCUGUUUGGUAUUGACGUCAUCAUCAACAACCAAACAGGCCAACACGCCGUCAUCGACGUCAAUGCAUUCCCUGGUUAUGAGGGCGUCCCAGAGUUUUUCAAUGACCUCCUGAACCACAUCACCAGCGUCCUCCAGAGCCACAACCCAGACUUCGCCCCCUCCAGCGAGCAGCCCAAAGCGCUGCCGGUAAACACCACGGUACCCAACGCCGCCCCUCCAGCCCCAGGCUGCUGCAGCAUGCUGGGAAAAGAGGCCAGUGGCAGCCCGUGGAUAGUAGAGGGAGAUGGAGGCCUGAAGGGCCAGCGUCAGAGACUGGGCUGCAACUCGGCCAUGUCCCCCAACUUCCAGCAGCACUGUGCACUGUCCACAAUAGCUACCAAGGCUUCCUCCCAGUGACUGACUCCCCCUACCCCCCCUACUCCGUUUGACCUGAACAAACAAAACGGAUGACAAUGGUGACAAUAAUAAUGAAUAAUAAUCAUAAUAAUUAUGAUGUUAAUGAUUAUAAUAUAUCUAAUCAAAAAGCAAACCUUUUCCUAUAUAGUUAUUGAAAAUGGUGGUGAUUGGGUGUACGCUUUUUUCUCUCUGCCUUUUUGUAUUAUUGGUUUAGUCUAAUGAGACUUAACAGUACUGUAAUGUGAACUUUUGGGAACUUUGCCUAAUAGCUGAUUUUAUUUUUCUCUCUUAUGUGAGUUCUUUGUGAUUAAAGGGUCCAGAUGAGGUAGCCAAUCAGGACUGGAGACAGAUGUGCCACUAGAUGUGCAAUGUAUGAUCUAUUGUUUCUCUGACAAACAUAUGAACACACAGGUAGUCUUAGAUUUGCCUGUGAUGUGUGUUUGUUAUCAGUCAGUCACAGUGACUCCUCUGCACAAAGUGAAGAGGGGAAAAGGUGGCCUGAUAGUUGAACACUACUCCACAGAUCCCAGGCUGCUAUGUGACAGUGGCCAACUGAUGAUAGAGGACAAUGAGUCUAAAAAUGAAUGACAAGAUAGUUUGAGGUUUUGUUAGUUUGAACAAACAGGUAAAGAAGUUUACUGCUCCGAGUGCCAUCAGAUUCACUUUAAGUGUAGAAAGAACGCCUGAAAGGAGAAAAAAACAACAACAUCACCUUCAAAGGUUGAACAGAAGAAAGAUUAUCUCCAUGACCAAGUUUUCUUUUUUAAAUGAUGGUUGUUGCAUCACUGUUUGUAGGUCUUUGAGGAUGCUACUGUGUGAAUGAUGUUAGGUGUUAAACAAACAAACUGUACUUGUUCUAGUCACUCCAGUGCAGGAAGACCAGGAUUGCAUUCCUUUUUGUGUUUGUGGAUGUUUUCCAGAAAAUUCCAUGAUCUUUCUUUCAGAAUUCCAGUGGGAUUUUGUGAGAUUUCUCUCAUCAUACUAUGGGUGUGUAAUCUCCUUAAACAGACUUUCUCAAGUGUCUUUGGUGAUUCUGUGUGAUGUGAGCAAAUAUUCUCCUGAGGCCAACUUAAUCUAUCAAACAGACUUUGGGGCUGCUGUGUAGCUUGUCAUGUUUCAUGACGCAUAGGGGGGAAAAAAAUCAUUCAAUCCUGCAAAGAAUAUGGCAAAAAGCUGUGUCAGGACACCCACCAAUUGGUUACUGAUUAUUUUGAUACAAAUAAGCAAGAACAGAUCUAGAUAACUGAAGGAUUUGUUCAGCAAUAUGAACUGUUUAUUCUUUAUAAAUGCAGUUAAAGAAACCUUCUGCCUAGCCCGUUUAUUUUCCUCCAGCUGCUGUAUUUCUGUACCACUUUGAAAUCAUUAGGAGGGGAGACAGUCCAGCUUUUUUUCCCAGUGUUCACUGAGAAAUGUUUUAACUCUGAUUUUGUUAAUAUCUUUGUCCUGAUAUCUACUAAGAGCAACUUUAUUUUAUUGAGAUUUUAUGGUGGUGGGGGGGGGGUUGUUAAUAUGAACGGAAAGAAAAGCACGGGAUGUUUUGGAACAAAUGGUGGAUAUUUACUAGAGGAGUAGUAAAACGCUGGGUGUGGUUGUACAGGUGGGGUCAAAGGGACAACCUGCAGUAAAUACAGAUUUUCUCUUUAGCCUUCCUCUGAACUUGCUGCUUCUAUCUUUGUCCCAAAGACCUCCUUGCUGUUUUAUUUCCUCCAUCAGUAUCUGAGGGGACUGACUGUCCUCUACCUUGUACUAUGAUCAUAAAUCGUGUCAGAGCAGCCAUCUCACUGGGACAAAAGCAAUCUGAAAAAAAUAAAUACUUUUUGGUGUUGUUGAGCUCGAAUGAAUUCAGAAUGUUGCAGCAGGUUCAGAGGAACGCCUCGCAUCCUUUCCCUACUGAUUCCACAUCAAUAGGGACAAAUGAGUGUCCCAGUUCAGGCUGAUACGUGUGUACCACUAUAUUGUGUGUCCUAUAUUGUGCUCCUAAUUAUACUUCUAAAUGGGAAAUAAAUGGUUAAUCCUACCCUCUGUCAUUUCUGCAGCCUAGACAGUCUCAUCAUGCUCCCAGCCUCCACCUGAAUGUUUACGUCUUGGUUGUCUUGUACAGUACAUGUAUAUAUGCCUAGGCUUACAUCCGUACAGUAUGUUGUUUUGUAUCAGUUCUGUAAUCGAGAGAUCCACAAUUUUGUGACCUUUUUUUAAUCAAAUGGCCAAAACAACAGGGCAAAAUAAACAUGUGAAACCUCA